AGUCCUUCUCCUCGUAGUAGUUGCAGCUCUUUCUUCGCCUUUUUUUCUUUUUCCUUUUUUUUUCUAAAUAAAAAAAGAUUGUUUUGUGUUUUUAAUAAUAAAAAAUCAGUAACCAUACUGUGUGCAGUGCCGCGCUCGACUUCCAAUAAAGUCGAUAUCGUAUAAUAUAUAUAGUGUGAUACAGUGGUGACUUUUACUUCGGUUGCAGCAAUCGCGUUCGAUCGCGCGUGGUAUUACAUAUUUGUAUAUAACAUUCAAGGCUGAGAUGAUGCUGCUGCAGUGAGUGGGUUUUUCUUUAUUUUUUUCGUAUACCGAGAGAAAAAAAGAGAGAAUAAAAAAAAUCGUGGCAGUGCAAUCAACAUCGUCGAGAACGUCGUCGUUACAUUCGCUUUUAUAUAUUCCGUAUAAAAGAAUCGAAAUAGAUCGAAAUUCAUCAGCCGUCAAGUCAUUGUGCAAAUAAAGUAAUUGUUGUGUUGAGUGUAGCAUAUAGCAAAUAGUCCAAGUUUUAAUUGUUUGGUUAAAAACAACGAGUCUCGUCUUAUUUUUACUCAAAUUGGAAGUUCGAGCAAAUCAACAGAUUUAUAAUGGUUUCGAGACGGAAAAUCCUGUCCCGGUCGCGAGACAAUCUCGCGGACACACAGUACGAGGUCGAGGAAGAAGAAGACGUCUGGUACAACGUCGACAAAUUAUAUAAGGAUCACAUACAGGAAGUGCUGGACAAGUGGAAUCAGAUCGACGACGAGAUCUGGGCUAAGGUCAUUGUCUUCGAGAGAAACAGACGAGUCGCGAAAGCGUACGCGAGGGCGCCCGUGCUCACCGUCAAUGACUCCAUGGACGGCUUCGAUGGAUUUAGAAUAGGACUGUGCGGCUUCGACAAUCCGAUGCGCGACGCCAAGACGGAGGAGGCCAGACGACAGAUAAACCACGGCGUGAAGAUCAAGAUGGACGGCGACGGCAACAUACUGAUCAAGCGCAUGUGCAAAAGCAACGUCUACGUGAGGCCCACGAGUCAGGCCGAGAACGCGAUCGGCCCCGAAAUCGUUCGCAAUUCUCAGGGCGCCCUCGAGUACGACAAACCCGGAAAGCUCUUCGACAUGGCCAAAUUCUCGGCCAAUCUGACGCAGGAGACGAGGCAGGCCUACCCGGACAGACGGCGACUCGAGACCCAGUGUCUAAGCGCCAUCGUCUUCGUGAAGACGGACGCGGAUCUGCUGCAGUGCCCCAUCUGGGUGCUCAUCGUCAACGUUGUAGGUCUUGACAUGUUGAAGUCGAAGCUACCGCCAGUUGGAGCAGUACCGAGGCCGGUGGACAUAAAAAAUCGGCCGCGCAUACCGAUCCCCGACGAGGAUCCCUACAGCAUCGCCGGCACCUCGAGCUCGACCGAGCGCGGCAUCGGCAGCAGCAGCGGCGGCGGUGGUCAUCCAGCCUUCGCCGCCUACAAGCAGCACCAGCUGGAGCGCGAGCACGCCCGCCUGACGGGACAUCGGCGAGGCGGCGGCUCCGCCGGUGGCGCUGGAAAGCCACCGAAAUUGCCGCCGAGAGAGAAUCUCUACGGUCACGACAUUCCUAAGCCGGAUUACGACGACAUCGAGAACGAUUACGCGCCGAGCUCGGCCAGAGCCGCAGCCAUGGACGACAAGAAGAGUAAAAAGGAAAAUAAUAAGAAAUACGACGAUCCUUACUACUGCGGUCUACGGGCGCGCGUACCGAAUUUCGUCAAGAUGGCCAACAAGAGCAACGGCCACCACUUGGCCGUGCCCACGGUCCAGCCGGCCAUGUCCAUGUCCAAGAUCUACGCGCACUCGCAUCGCUCGUCCCAGCAGCAUCAGCAGCAGCAAUACGUCCACAGCAACGGCAACGGCCAUCAUCAUCCGCAUCAUCAUCAUCAACACAGCAACGGACACGGGCAUCAUCCGCAGGCGGUGGCCAACGCGGCGGCCUACGCCUAUCCCCUGCACCAUAGUCAAUCGGCCCAGAUCUACGGCCAUCUGCCCGCCGAUCUCGUGAGCAAGCGCCAGCCCAUCAUGUACCACGCGAGAAGCUUCGAGAGCGGACUCGAUGUGGACGACAGAAUCGACUCACCUUACAAUCACAUUUACGGAAGACUGCCAAUACCAACGAGGGGCGUAAUACCCCCAGCACCACGGGCUAUGUUCAUUGGCGAAUGGGACUGAAAUCUGAUUAGACGAAUUUAGCUUAUGUAAUUACCGAUUAAAAAUGGGGAAGAGAAGGCAGCCUCUCUCUCUCUCUCUGCGCUCGUUGUCUACCAGACGUACGGAUUUUUGUUGUCUUUCUUUGACUCUGAAGAAUUGUGUCUUUUCAUUCCCAGGAGAUACGAGACAAGAGAGUGAGCGAGAGAGAGAGAGCAGCAGCGGCAGCAUCAGCAUCGUGCACGAACGUCGAUAAUAGAAAUUUUAUCGAUCGACUCGUCCGUAUCUCUGUAUGAUGUAGCACUAUAUGCACCGAAAAAGGCGAGGGGACAGAAAGAGAGAAGAGUUCUUGUAAAAUAUUAGAUUGUAAAUUGUUAAAAACUUAUUUUUGUAAUUCAUAUUGAACACGAUAAUUAUUUAACGUGUAGAAAGUAUAAAGUACGAACACUAGUGUGCCAUGUGCAUGGAGAACAGUGGCAAGCGCUUGACUCUCGUAUCACGUUUCUGAGUCAAUAAUAAUUAUUAUUUUUUAUAUACAUAAUCUAUCAUGCAUAGAAAGAAGAUUAUUUGGUUUAUCUACAUGUAAAUCAAUCGAAUAGUACUUCUCGCGAUUCAUUAUAAAAAAUUAGAAUGAAUGCUUGAUGAUGUAGAAUAUUAUGAUCCGCGUCAACAAUGAAACGCUGCGAUUAUACGACGAUUUUUUUUUUUUUUUUUUUAAAUAAAUGUAGUUAUUGUAAGCCUCAGAAAAAUUUGCAAAAAAAGUAGAUCUUACUGAAAAACUUAUGUUUAUAGUCGUAAAAAAAUCUUACAUUAUUUAUAACUUACAGCACUCGUCACAAUUUAUUUUAUAAUAAGUGCAUUGGACAGCGAUUUUAAAAAUCGUUACAACGUAUCCACGUUGCACGUAAUAAACGGAAGCAUGACAUAGGAAAAUCUCUCUCGGGCUAAAUUAAUCUUUUAUACAUCACGUGAAACUGCAAAUUUUUAAUUUCAGUUUCCACGAUUUCUCAGAUCUUUCACUUUGUAAAUGCGCACAAGCCAAUGUUCGGUCGUGUAGGCCUCUUCCAAAGUAGUCAAAUCGAAGUCUUUGUUACCGA